AUGGAAGCUGCAGAUGCCCGAGAGCUCCAGGAAAGACCACAGAGAGAACGCCGUCUCCCUACGUAUCUACUUGAUUAUGAUGUUGGAUACCCUCCACGACCCAACCAUCCUAAAGCCGCUUCAACCAGUUCCUGCUCAAGCUCCAGCAGUAAACACAGAAGCCAAUCUAGGAGAUCCGGUAGUGGCUCCUUCCGCAGCAUAGGCAGAUCAAGUAGAGGUCAUUUCCCGAACAUAGAGUUCAACUCAACGCAGUCUGCUCUUCUGGAGGAAGGGUUGAGUCAAAUCGAGCUUGAUGACCUUAGACAGGAACUAGCUGAGGACACUCAAGCAGAUAUGGAGUAUCAGCGCUUACAGCUCCAGGCUAAGGAGGCGCAGCGCGCACAAGAAGAAGCACUACUUGCUAAGGAGACUCUUCAUAAACAACUGGAUAGGAAUCGUCGCCUGCAGGAAGCCCAGAGAAGGGUGAGAAUGGCUAAACUGGUCUCCUCAGUCCUAAACACAGAUGCGCAGGCUGUUUCACCAGAGCCCUCAUUAACUCCUGAAGGCUACCUCCAGCUACCACUCAGCCACCUUCUGUGCCAAGACAACCCACACCUGUGCCAGACAACGUUCCGAGCCUUCUUCAAGCCACGCAGCCAACGCAAUAUGCUGAUUGCUUCCACUUACGGUAUUCCCAGGCCUACCCUGCCUUAUUUUGAGAGUGGACGUGAAAGCGACUUUGCCCUGCUGAAGAUGGCACUCGACAACCUCCUGAGUACCCACACUCACCUCAGUGAACAGUAUAAGUAUCAGCCCUACACCACGGCCUUGAAAGCUCUUCAAGACAAGUACGGCCAACCACGGCAGCUCGUUCAAUCUGAACUGGGUACAAUAUUGAGCAUGCCAGCUUUCAAACCAGGAGACUUUGCUGCAUUCGACUCCUUCGCCCUGGCGGUGCAGUCAUUGGUUGGAAUGCUAAGGUCACUUGAGGGUCAUAACAGUUACGAGCUGAUGUGUGGCUCUCACGUUGAUCGCCUGCUGAGCAAGAUGCCGCCACACCUCCGUGACAGCUUUGUGGAAUACUGCCUGACCCGUGGUAUCCUUCAGACAGGGCGAACGAGGCUGAGACAACAGAAAUACAAGACUGAAAAUCUCCUAUUUCACUUCCUCCACAACCACCUCAGAAUGCCUGGAUCUUCCUCAACUGGUUGUUUGGGACCAUGGCCCAAAGAUGUCGGGAUUAUUGCUUUGGAGUUGUACAUUCCUUCCCAAUAUGUGGACCAGAGUGAACUUGAGCAGUUUGAUGGCGUUUCGGCUGGAAAGUACACAGUGGGUCUGGGCCAAGCUGGGAUGGGUUUCUGCUCUGACAGAGAGGACAUCAACUCUCUGUGUCUGACAGUGGUACAGAGGCUAAUGGAGAGGAACAACCUGUCCUAUGACAGUGUGGGAAGACUGGAGGUUGGGACAGAGACUAUUAUUGACAAAUCAAAGUCCGUGAAGACUGUUCUCAUGCAGCUUUUUGAGGACUCUGGAAACUCUGACGUUGAGGGUAUUGAUACAACCAAUGCUUGCUAUGGAGGCACAGCAGCACUCUUUAAUGCUGUCAACUGGGUCGAGUCCAGCUCUUGGGAUGGCCGCUAUGCUUUGGUUGUGGCUGGGGAUAUAGCUGUCUAUGCGACUGGAGGAGCACGGCCCACAGGUGGGGCAGGUGCUGUGGCUAUGCUUGUGGGGCCAAAUGCUCCAUUGGCCUUUGAGAGAGGUCUUCGAGGAACUCACAUGCAGCAUGCAUAUGAUUUUUAUAAACCGGACAUGGUUUCAGAAUAUCCAGUGGUGGAUGGAAAGCUUUCUAUAGAGUGUUACCUGAGUGCUUUGGACCGUUGUUAUUCAGUGUACCGCAAUAAGGUCCAUGCUCAAUGGCAAAGAGGGGGUUUGGAAAAGCAUUUCAGCCUGGAGGACUUUGGUUAUCUGGUGUUUCACUCUCCAUACUGCAAACUUGUUCAGAAGUCACUGGCGAGAUUGAUGCUGAACGACUUCUUGAAUCACCCAAACCCAAACACGGAGGUGGGACCUUUCACAGGCUUGGAUGCUUUCAGAGAUGUCAAGCCCGAGGAGACCUACUUUGACCGUGAUGUGGAAAAGGCCUUCAUGAAGGCCAGUGCUGAGCUGUUUGAGACAAAGACUAAACCCUCUUUACUCAUUUCAAAUCAGAAUGGAAACAUGUACACCCCAUCUGUCUAUGGCUGUCUUGCAUCUCUUAUUGCACAGAAAACUGCGGCUCAGAUAGCUGGUCAAAGGGUUGGAGUUUUCUCUUAUGGCUCUGGAUUUGCAGCUACUCUGUAUUCUCUCCGCAUCACUCAGGACCACACCCCUGGAUCCACUUUGGACAAACUCGUCAGCAGCCUAAGUGACCUGAAGCUCAGACUUGACUCGCGGAGGAAGGUUCCUCCUGCUCUCUUUUCAGAAACUAUGAAAUUGAGGGAAGAGACGCAUCAUUUAGCUAGUUAUGUUCCCCGUGGGCCAGUGGAUGAACUCUUUCCUGGAACUUGGUACCUGACACGAGUGGAUGAGAAGCACAGAAGAGAGUACGCCCGGUGUCCUGUGGAAUGUGAGGAGCAGGCAGAGUCCAAGCUCGUCUGCUCAAAUACAGAGCAUAUCCCCAGUCCGGUCAAGAAAAUGCCUCGCAUCCCUGCUGCUGCUGCUGGCUCUGAAACUGCAAUGAGCAGUUAA